UGGGCUGGCCCGGGCCAGUGAGCGGGCGGCGUGUGGCUUUGGGCAGGCCUUCCUGCCUUGCCUUCUUGCUCUCGCCCCGAGCCGCCACCUCCGAAGCUGCCGCGCCUGCAAAACUUGGGGUGGGCGCGAAGGCGGCGGCGAUGGCGAGGGGGCGCUUGGCCCGGGGCUCGCGGCGUUGAGCGCUCCGCCUGGGUCGGGGUCCGCCAGGAGGCAGGCGAGGGGCUGCGGCUGCUCUCCGCGCGCUCCUUCCCUCCCUCUUGUCCCUCCCCGCUUUCUCCCUCUUGUCCCGGCCAUGUUUCCUGGUUAGCAGCGAAGCGCCCAGCCCUCGCCGGGGAAGGGCCAGGAGAUCCAGCCCGUGCCUUUCGCGCGGCGGAGUUGCGCCAAGAAGCUUCCUCGCCGCCCAGGAGACGAGGGGAUGGGCGGCUCGCGCGCUUCAGUCUCUUGCCCGGGCGGCACCGGCAGCUCCCGCUGAGACUAGCCAGCGAAGCGCUCGCUCGCUCGCUCUUCCCUUCGCGCUCGGCAGACUGGAUCGAGACGGAGCCCGUCGCCUUCCCUCCGGAACCCCCUCGCUUUUCUCCAGCAGGACCGCCGGCGCCGCCGGGGAUCCCGAAGCGCGUGCAGAUUUUUUUAGUGUGAAGUAAUUCUCAAGUUAUUCAAGAUUUCAAGGGACCUGAAAAUACACCCCACAGCUCUUGACUAAGCAAAUUGUCUCGCAUAUCAGAACUGCUCUUUUUGACUGCAAGAGCCGAAGUUGGAGACGCCAUUUUAGAUUUGUCUUCUAAGGUAACGGGCAGCCUGGGCGCCCCCUUUUGCAUUCCAUCCACAAGGCAUUGCAGUUGAGAUGAGGAAUUCAGAAGAGCAAACGCCCACGACAGUUUUACAGCGUUUGCUGCAAGAGCAGCUCCGAUAUGGGAACCCAAAUGACAGCCGCAAUCUCCUUGCUUUGCACCAACAAGCCGCGGGCAAUGCAGCCCCUUUUGCCAGCAAUGGGAGCCCAGGGGCUCCACUUGAAGGGCUGAGCUGCCAGGACCAUCCGAUUGGGACCCAUGUUGCCCGCCAAGAGCCCCAGGGCCAGGAGAUACAGAUGGACAACUGUGUCAUGGAGAAGCAGCUCUCUACGAGGCUCCAGAACAGCGAAGACCUCCCAACGUACGAGGAAGCCAAAGUCCAGUCUCAGUAUUUCAGGGGCCAGCAGCACGCCAGCGUUGGGGCAGCGUUUUAUGUGACGGGAGUCUCCAAUCAGAAGAUGAGGACUGAAGGGCGCCCGACGGUCCAGCGUGUGAGCCCUGGGAAGGUCCACCAGGAUGAAGGACUUAAGGACCUUAAGCAAGGACACGUUCGCUCCCUGAGCGAGAGGUUGAUGCAGCUGUCACUGGCCACGAGCGGCGUGAAGGCUCAUGCUCCGGUCACGAGCGCGCCUCUCUCUCCACUUUCCUCCCAGCACACCAAUGACUUCUACAAGAACUCUGUGCCCGCCCCUCCUCAGUCAAACAUGAAAGGGAUGGAACACAGAGGGCCUCCUCCUGAAUAUCCAUACAAAAACAUGUCCACCCCACCCAUGAGCUGUAAGCCACCAGACCCCGGGCACUUCUACAGUGACCAUCGUCUGGCCCAGCAAGGACGAGCUGACGGGCCCAUGAUGAGGUACCAGCAUCCUCCUGAAUAUGGCUCGAUCAGGCAGAACGCAGAGCUGCAGUUCCAGCUCCAGCAGAGGCCGCCCCACCAUCACAGCCCAACGUCUUCGCUAACGUCUUUGGGCUCUCUGACGCUCCUGCAGUCGCUGCCCCCCUCCAGGCUGUCCCCUUCCCAGCCUCCGCUUACGCCCAGCCAAGGAGAUCCGUUCUCUCUGCCGCGGACCCAGCAGCUCUUUUUAUCCAACCAAAUCCACCAGGGAGAUCUUUACCGGCUGUGUCAGCCUGUGAUUGGGCAGCCGCAGCAGCCGCAGCCGCAGCAGCAUCAAGGGGACUCCUACUCAGCGUUGCCCAGGCCUCAACCGGCCCCUUCGCCUUACCAGCAGAUGCCUGUGGACCCUUUUGUCAUCGUCUCCAGGGCCCAGCAGAUGGUGGAGAUCCUGUCUGAUGAGAACAGAGCUUUUCGUCAGGAACUGGAAGGAUGUUAUGAGAAAGUGGCAAGGCUACAAAAGCUGGAGACGGAAAUUCAGCAAGUUUCAGAGGCCUACAAAAACCUGGAAAAGUCUUCCUCAAAGCGGGAGGCUCUGGAGAAAGCCAUGAGGAACAAGCUGGAAGGGGAGAUCCGCCGGCUGCAUGACUUCAACCGGGACCUCAGAGAACGUAUGGAUACAGCCAACAAGCAACUUGCGGAGAAGGAAUUUGAAGGCUCUGAGGAUAACAGGAAAACGAUAUCUCAGCUCUUUGCACAAAACAAAGAGACCCAGAGAGAGAAGGAGAAGCUGGAGGUGGAACUGGCCGGGGUUCGCUCCACUAAUGAGGAGCAGCGGAGGCACAUUGAGAUCCGCGACCAGGCUUUGAACAACGCGCAGGCCAAGGUGGUGAAGCUGGAGGAAGAGUUGAAGAAGAAGCAGGUUUACGUGGAGAAGGUGGAGAAGAUGCAGCAGGCCUUGGUCCAGCUGCAGGCGGCCUGUGAGAAGCGCGAACAGCUGGAGCAUCGGCUCCGCACACGGCUGGAGAGGGAGCUCGAAUCCCUCCGAAUGCAGCAGCGCCAGGGGACAUCUCAGCCGGCCAGCGUCUCUGAGUACAACGCCACAGCGCUUAUGGAACUCCUGCGGGAAAAGGAGGAAAGAAUUCUUGCUCUGGAAGCAGACAUGACAAAGUGGGAGCAGAAGUACCUGGAAGAAAGCGUCAUGCGGCAGUUUGCGUUGGAUGCCGCAGCCACUGUUGCUGCUCAGAGGGACACCACUGUGAUCAGCCACUCGCCCAAUGGCAGCUACGACACCUCCCUCGAAGCUCGCAUUCAGAAGGAAGAGGAGGAGAUCCUCAUGGCUAACAGGAGGUGUCUAGAUAUGGAGGGCAGGAUCAAGACUCUCCAUGCUCAGAUCAUUGAGAAAGAUGCCAUGAUUAAAGUCCUCCAACAGCGGUCCCGGAAAGAGGCCAGCAAGACAGAUCAGCUUUCUUCCAUGAGACCAGCAAAAUCCUUGAUGUCUAUCUCCAACAGUGGCUCGGGCUUGCUCUCCCACUCCUCAACCCUGAGCAGCACCCCCAUUCUGGAAGAGAAGAGAGAGGACAAGAGUUGGAAAGGCAGCUUAGGUGUUCUGCUGGGAACGGAAUGCCGCUCCGAAUCCAUUCCUUCAACCCCUUCGCCAGUCCUUCCCUCUACGCCACUGCUGUCUGCUCACUCCAAGACCGGCAGCCGAGACUGUAGCACUCAGACGGACCGGGGAAAUGAGCAAGCCAAGGUCACCACCACCACCUUCUCCUCCUGCGCUCCAACCCCUCCUGUGCAGGGGAGAAUCCCUGCUAUGAAUUUGACCUACGGUUCAGACAAAGCAGAUGGCUCAGUUUUCCAUUCCAGCACUCUAGAAAGAAAGAACCCAGCUCAAAAUUUGGGGCAGGACCUCAGCGACGGGGAAUUGGUGGAAUAUCUUAUCUGAAGAAAUGCAAAGCUGGAACGGAGGAGCAAGAAUCCCCCCCAUGAAACUUUUUUUAAAUAAUGAAAUAGUUAAUUGUGGUAACUGAAUCGUAAAGGAAUCUGCAGCUUUGUGCUGUUUGUAUAUAUUUUUCUCAAAGGUAUGGACAGGUUAACUUAUGUUUUGUUCCAAAAUUAUUAAAGUAGUUUUGUUCUUUUGAAGAAGAUUCUUCCCCUACCUUCUUUUUAAAAAUACUGGAUCUGGUAACACCUGGAUAAAAAUUAAACCAAGGUCUUAAAUGCACUAAAAAAUUUAAAAUGUCAGUAUUUUUAAAAACCUGUGUUUUAAGAAAAGUAAGAUCUAUGUUUAGAUGUUGAUGUCCAUAAUGCCUUUAACAAAGCCUGUUACCUCCAGGUUUCUCAGUUGCCAGACAAUUAUUACAUGGUGCUCUCACUUUUGAGUGUCGUUUAAAUGUCCUGAAUAUUCAGGCAUCCCUGAGAAUCAUUGUAUGAACCUUCAAAUGAUGGAAGGACACUUUUGUGUUCCUUGUCUUCCUUAUGAGAGUGUCCAUUUUCAUAGAACAUUCCAGGACUGGGGGAAAUGUUGAUUUCCGCAACGUGCCUGCACUCAAGACUUUUUUCCUUAUUGUUCAUAUCGUGCUGUACUUUUGUUAGAUAUUCCAAGAUAAAGGGGGCUUUAUCCAUUCAGGAUUUUUCAGUGAACAAGCUGUUCGAGGCUCUCCUGUCUGUUGUCCCAUUCCAUUUACACCACAGUUGUUCAGCUGGCUUGACUGAGUUACUCCUAAACUAUGUUAGUGGCAGUGUGGGUCAGCCAGCUGAAGGCCUUGGAAUUUUUAAAUACCUGAAGCUUGAUUCUCUGUGUGACCAUUCCAGAGAAUUUUUUCUACACCAUAUGUUUGUCUCUUCCCAGAUGUCUUGUAAACUGUAAUCUCAUUCCAGAAGACAGCGGCUUUUCUCUUAACAAUUGUACCUUUUGAUAUAAAAAUUUAGUGCCUUACUCAAGAUAAUGGUUACAUUGGGGUCAGUCGUUUUUUAAAAAGAAAAGGAAACUUGCAAGUUGAAAACCUUGCAUUUUCCUGAAACACUCCUUUUCCUUCUGCACAAAUUUAGAAAAGAAUAAUGGAUUAAUAUCUAAGGAAUGUUGCAGGUUUUUAUAUAGAUGCACAUAUACUCCUGUAACUUUCAUUAUUCUGUUUUCUUGAGAGCUGACAUAAAUCUUGUAGCACUGGGGUAGCAAACAUUGCAGGGAUUAAGUUCAAAUGUGCAUUUAAAAGUUUCAAAAAACCAAUGUGUUCCUAUUUCAUAUGUUUUAACAACUGCCUGGACAGAUCCCAAAGUUCUUCUCUCACAGAAGAGAAGCACAAGCAAAGAAGCAACUGAAUUAGUUGCAUUCAGAGGCCACAGGAGGAACCUUGGAACAGAUUGGGAGCUUAUGGAUUCAGUCCUGUCCUGCAGGGAAGUGUCUUCUGAGCAGAGUUCACUCUCCUUAUCCAGGCUCCCAUCCUGGGGUAGGUGAGAGGGCACCUCAGUGCCGGACAUGUUGCAUGCAAAGCUCUUCUUAGUUGCUUUAGAAGUGAAUUGGUAUAAAGAAAAGGGAAAGAAUCCACUGUGUCCCACAGCGCCUUUUGAGCUCCUGGAGAAUUUCCCUUUGGUAGGAACCAAGCAAGUAGUCUUAACACAUCUGAGGGUGAAUCUACCCAACCAAGCUAAAGGAGUCCUUGAGGGUUGCAGGUUUGUCCCUAAAAUGUUGCGCUAGACUGGGGUGGAAGGCUAAUUCAAAGGAGUCGGCUCCAUGAAGAAGCAGAGGUCUCUGCAGUUGCAUCCACUCUUCUGAAUGCUGAUCCAGUGGGAUCCCAGGCUGCACUUUGGAUUAACAGGGAUCUGCAGAGGCACCAUGUGGUUUGCACAUCUGGAGCACCCUUAAUCUGCUGAUAUUUGAACAGCCCACUGCUGGGAGGGAGCCUCAUAGCAGUUGGGCUUUUGUGCAAACUACAGGAGGCUUCCAUUUCCCCUUCCUCUUAUCACCUGCCCUUUUCAUUAUGCCAAUUCUGGAAAGUUCUGCCUCUGAAUUAGGAGGUCGUAUUUUCCAGUAGCCUCAUGUGUAACUUCUUGCCCUGUUACAGAAUUAAGUUAAAGGCAAAGCUACUCCGAAGUCAAGCUGCACACUUCUUUUCUUCUACUGGAAGUGAAACAUGACAGUAUAAAAUGGGUAACCUCUGUGCUCGAACCAAACUUUAGACUAAGAGUUUUAACAUGAACUCGGGUAAUACAAGCUAAGCUGUAGAUGAGCCUUCUCCAGUGUGGCACACUCCAGUUGAUGUGGACUACUGCUUCCAUCAGCCCCAGGCAGUGUGGCUGGCGGAGGUUGUAGUAGCCCUAAACACCUUUGGGGCGCCAGCUUGGGGGAAGACUGUUUGUAGGUUGUAUAAAGGAAGGUGAUGUAGUCGUUCUUGUUUUCUUAAAAGCAAAUCCACAGGUGUUGGGUUCCCCCACCCCAUUUUAAUGCUGCAGGUGUCUCCCUGGCAGCUUCUUUCUGCUGAGAAGAGCCCCAUUAGACUGGAUGAUUCAGGAAACUGAUUGUGGGGAUGGUGAUGCCGGCAUCUCAUGUUCCAUCCUGUUGUGAGGAGGGACUUUGCAGAGCUCUGAACGUGUUGAAUGUCUUUGCUUGGUGCCUCUCUCUAUAUUUCUUCUCCUGUACCUGUAUAGGAACAUGUGUAUUUUUAUGCCUAGAAUGUAAACCUCAUGACACGUGUAACUGUACUGUAUUUAUGAAGAAAAUACAUUUCUUUCUGAAAAUA